AACAUCACACAAACAGGAAAGUCUACAUCAAGGCUCUGCAUCCCCAGCUUUCCCCCAGAAUGCUUCCCCUCACUUUCAUUCAGCGCGCACGAAGCAACUUCUCUCUAUCCUAACUUCAUACAAGAACCCGAAAACGCAAAAAUGGGCGAUAAAGAGCAGAAGAACAGAGACGAACUGGGCCUGGAUGAGAAGUUGGAGAAUGCGGAGGAGACGCAGGGUAGCACGACUGUGCUGGCCGCUGAUGCUGCUAUGACACGGAGGAUUCUGUUGAAGCUCGAUUUUAGGAUUUUACCUAUCCUCGCCCUCCUUUUCCUCUGCUCCUUUCUCGACCGCACGAAUGUCGGAAACGCGAAGACAUAUGGUCUGGAAACUAGUUUGAAAAUAACUGAUCAUCAGUAUGAUACUGGGUUAGCGGUGUACUAUGCGACGUAUAUUGCGAGUGAGAUCCCCAGCAAUCUCGUUCUGAGGAGGAUUUCGCCGAAGAUCUGGCUUCCUGCCUUGACAGUCAUGUGGGGUAUCGUGACGAUGUGUCUCGGGUUCAUCAAGAAUUACGCCGGAUUCAUGGCUGCGCGAGCUAUCUUGGGGAUAACUGAAGGCGGUCUACUUCCUGGCAUUGUUCUGUACUUGUCUGGGAUGUAUACAAGAGGAGAGAUGGCUCUUAGAUUGGGUCUCUUCUAUACUGCUGCUUCUCUAAGCGGUGCCUUUGGUGGCUUGCUUGCAAGAGGACUCACGUCUAUUGGGAAACGAGGUCACCAAGAUACUUGGAGCUGGAUAUUCAUCAUCGAAGGCCUAAUGACUGUGGUCGUUGGUAUAUUUGCCUACUUCAUGCUCCCCAAUAGCGUUUCUACCGCUUCAUUUUUGAAGAAAGAAGAACGUGUGUUUGCUGCGACUAGAUUGCAUCUAGACAUGCCCUCAAGACUUGCUGAAGAUGGAAGCGAGCGCAGCCAUGAAUCUUUCAAAUGGUCCGAAGUUGCCCGCGGCAUAUUCAACAUCUCUACCUGGCUCAGCGCUUCGGCCUACUUUGGUAUUUUAGCCGGCCUGUACUCCUUCGGCCUCUUCCUCCCCACUAUCAUCGUCGAGCUCGGCUACACAGCCAACGAAGCCCAACUCUGGUCCGUGAUCCCAUACGCCGUCGCCUCCGUGGUAACAGUCAUCGUCUCCAUUAUAUCGGAUCGCCUCAAGUUGCGCGGGGUCAUCAUGCUCUUCGUCCUCAUUCCCGCCAUCAUCGGCUACGCUGUCAUCGCCAACGUCAGCGUCGCUCAUCCGAAAGUCAAGUACGGGAUGACGUUCCUGAUGGCCACGGGAAUGUACGCGAGUGUUCCGUGCGUUCUGGUCUGGAACUCGAAUAACAGCGCUGGGCAUUACAAGAGAGCGACGACGACGGCGCUUCAGCUGGCGAUUGCUAAUAGUGGGGGCUUCGUGGCGACUUUUAUUUACCCUAAUGCGGAGAAGCCGCAGUUCCACAGGGGUCACACUGUCGUGCUCGGCCUCCUUGUUGGUGCUUGGAUCUUGGUUGCCUUGAAUGUGCUUUAUUGCCACAAGGUUAACAAGGACAAGGCGAAGGGGAAGUACGACCAGUAUGUUGGGUAUGCAGAUGAUAGAGACCCGGAUUUUAGGAUGGUGCUUUGAGGCUUGUGCCUGAGUUCUCUUCAAGGAUGUGUUGAUGGGUAGUGUUACGUUACUUUACUUGCAGGACUACAUGUCCGCAUAUCAGUUUCAUACAAAAUUAAUAGAUUGUUAUCUCUCCCCCCGCCAGUGCGCGAAGCUACGAAUCCGGAGUCUUAGACUGGCUACCCUCCAGCUAAAUCUCAGAAAGAAAUUACAUAACCC